AAUGAUCAUUAGAUGUGAGAAUUUAGCCCUGUGCCUACACAAUGGCCGCCGAAAAGAAAAAACACCCACCAAAAAAGAAGAAGGCACCAGAGAAAAAACACAGCAAAUCAAAAAAAAAGAGUUCUGUGAAUUCCAAUUUGCCCAAAAUAUGUUUCGGCAUAGCAAUUUUCGAUCUGCUGCAUGCGUUAUAUUUUACGGUCCAAACAAUGAUUCUGCUGGUUAAACAGUUCAGCGUGUUUGCUAUACUGGCGCUUUUGGGUGUCAUUUUCUGGGUUAUAAUUGUCAUCAUGUUGUUGGUUGGCCUUUCCAAGCGCAAGCCAGUUUUCGUUAGGUAUUGGCUUAUAUUUUCCUUAGCCGGCUUUAUCGCCGAUAUUCUAUUUCUACUCUGGGGCAUUGCGACUUCAAUAACCGUGGAUUGGGAUCGACUUGAAGAGUUUUCACUAGUAUUCCUUGGUAUAUUUAUUGAAAGCACCUGCAUAUAUAUCAUACAUCGAUACUAUCAGAUUAUGGAUGAAACGAAAAAGAAGAGGACCUUAUGUUGUGGCGGGAAAAAAGACAAAAAAGACAAGAAAAAGUCGAACAAAAGCCCCACUAAGAAGAAAGGCAAAAAAUAAG